CAUAGCACCCCAUCUCGAAGAAGCAUAGGUCGAAUCUUGCCUUUCCGCGGUUUAAUUAACAUAUUUAUGAUAUUCAUCGUGGACUACCGGGCGCAUGUUUUUGCUGGUUGAAUAAUCUCAAACCUAGUAAUUAAAGUGUAUUCCGCGGCAUGUAGUUAGCGUGUUGGCUAACGUUACCGGCUUUGCGCCAGGGCAGGAGUGAAGACCAAUCAAUCACCGGGUACCUUCACCGCUAGUUUUUGUGUAACGGUACAGUGUGGUGCUGCUGAGGCAAGGGAAAAAACGCAGCGGUCACCGGUGACUGGAUCUUGUGGCGUGAGCACCAAUGCAGUCUAGAAAACACGGCGAAUCCCAGUCACCGGUGUAAAACACGGUGUGUAAAAUACAUUUAGUAGCCCUCGAACCAAAUUAUAAUCAUAGAUAGGUCGCUAGCUUGAUAGCAGGACAAGUGCAACGCAAGGAUGUUGCAAGUGCUGGCUUGCGGCGUCGUAGUUUUUCCCGGUCUCUUCUUCAUCUUUCGGAGAGUACUCCCUUCCAUUUUCAAACAGUGGACCGAUGCCGACGUUGUACUGGUCAGCGAGAGGCUGGUGUCCUCCAUCCACGCUAUCAUGGCCACCACGGCGGGAGUCAUCGUGGUGUCCGCGUGCAGCGGUAACGUCAUGACUGACAGGUACUGGCUGGCCACCUACUUUGUCAUCUGGUACGGCGUGCCCUACAUGACAUAUGAUAUCUAUGCCAUGUACCUAAGCCACUACUACCGCUUCCGGGUCAAGGGCCACGAGGAGUACAAGGAGCACUCGCUGACCACGGUCAACUCGUUUGUCCGCCGCGAGUUCCUACUGGUGCUCCACCACAUCGCCCUGCUCACCAUCUUGCUGCCCGUCACCCUGUUCUUCAGGAGGGACCAGGGAGACUACUUCAUUGGCUGCCUGUUUCUCACAGAGCUCAGCACGCCCUUCGUCUCUUUAGGGAAGAUCCUCAUCCAGCUGGGUCUGCAGGACUGCUGGGUCCACAAGGCCAAUGGGGGCAUGGUGCUGCUCAGCUUCUUCCUGUGUCGAAUUGCCCUUUUUCCCUACAUGUACUGGGUCUACGGCCGCCACUACGGCAUCCCCAUCUACGGCGUGCCGUUCCAUCUGACGCUGUCGGUCAACCUAGGCAACUUAUGCAUCCUGGCGCCGCAGGUCUACUGGUUCGUGCUGCUUUGCCGCAAGGGCUGGCGGCUCUACCAGCGCCAGCGUCACGCCACCGCUGCUGCCGGCAGCCAGGACUCCUCCCCCCUGCCCCCACCUAGCACCUCCCUCACGGACAACCAACCCAAGGGAGACCAUUAGAGAUGGAGAGCUCACUCUGUCACCAUUGCGCUCUCUCGGAUCUUUCUUGUUCUCUCUACUCUACCUGCGCUCGAGUCACACAAAAACGAACCACCAUUGACUACUAUUUACUACUUACUACUACUACUACUACUACAAAGGCACUAUGGCUACUUACCACAGUCUCCCCAAAACAACUACUACUACUACUACUACUAUUAUCACUACUUCUACUACUAUCGUUACUACUAUGAUUACACUAGCUACUGCUCUUCCACCCAUGCCCAGUCCAAGCGAUACUGAUGAUGAUUUUUGACCCCCCUUAGAUAUUUUUUGGGGUUCCUACCCCCCCCACCCCCCUCUUUCUGGAUUAUAGGGACUGGACAUGGGUUAUAUUUGGAGUGCUACAGUGGAGUUUCCGAAAAGGAUAUGAAGAAGACUGAGAAUGGAACUCCUGGCUUUUUUUGAUGGGGGGGAAUGGGGGGGGUCUUGCUUCUUCCCCCAUAUUACGAGACCUGUGCAGUAUUGCGUCACUCCCCCAGCCUCGCCCCCCCUCUAUUACUAGAUCUGCUGAUUGGAGGGUCUGUUACAGUGUAGAUGAAUGUGUCUGUAGAAUUGGUUGAUUUGUUCUAUUUGGUGUCAAUGAUUUUUAAGUGUCAAGUUUUGAAGAUCCCCAUUUUAUGAAAUGUUUGUCCACCCACCCAGUCCUGAUCUUUAAAAGACCGGAGGGAAAGGAGGAGAAACGGGUAGGGGGCUCGGCAUGCAGAUAGAAAUAGUGACAAGGCUUGGUGGAGGGACAAGGGGUGGGUUGGGAUGGGAUAGACUAAGCUAGGUACGGGUGUCAGCAUCCACAUUUGAAGGAGACAAUGAAGUAAAAAUGUUUGCUCCAAGCUCUUUGCACCAGCAUAGCUACACAAAAAAAACAUUUAAUGUGAUUGGAUUGUGGAACCCCACACUCCUUUAUCCACUUUGACACCUCCCAUUGUCCUUUCUCCUCAUUUGCCUGUCUCUAUGGCUGCUGCCGCUGGCCAAUCGGUGCGCCUGCAACGCUCCCGUCUUUCUCCUUUGUUGUUUAUGGCCCAACAGAGUUCUGUGUGCUGCCCUGCUGCGUCUGUUUACAGUAAGUCUAUAAGCCCCACCCCUCGGUAUCACACAGGGGGUGGGGCAUCACAAGCCCCACCCCUCCUAAGAGAGGGGGAGGAGCCUCUAUAUUAUGCGCUGUGACCUACCUGCCGAAAGGGGGAGGCUUAGCAAAAGAUUAGUCCGUAUGUUUACACACGCAGGACUUCUCAGAGAUGGAAGAGCAAGCGAGAUAUCCCACUCUCAUUUUUUCUGUUUCAAUGGAAGUCCACGAACGAGGUACACCAGACCCAGCUGCUAUUACAUUGGUGUCUAUGGGAGAGCCACCCCCUUAAGUACACCUGAACUGGAAAAAAAUGAUAUGGUAAACGGCCUGAGUGAACUAUCUUCAUUUAUCCACCAUCUUUGGACUUAUCUGGGAGCACUGUAGCGGCAUUAGAAGGAAUGGGGUAGGUUGUUUAGUCCCGGGUUCGGCUCGGUUGCUACAGCGACAACUGAAGCUGCUUUUAAUGGGUGGAGACAAGACUUUACGGUCACUCGAGGUCAAGUUUGCCGGGUGUGGGUGAUCCGGUGCUUCUGUUAGGUACAUUUUGCCCUCCGGCAAAAGGUGUCAGGGGUGCUUCUGUUAGGUCAAUGCUGCCCUCUGGCAAAGGGGUCUGGGGGCCACAUGGGAGGGGCUUGUAUACCACUGGGCAUCCCAUUUAAAUUGGAACUGACACUGUUUUAACUACUUUGCAGAUAUGAAACAGACAAUCAUAAUAUCAAUCAAUUCCCAGUUUAUCCCUCAAAACCAACUUUAUAAGAGGUUAUUUUAAUAUAUAUAUAUAUAUCAGUCAAAAUUUUGGACACACCUACUCAUUCCAGGUUUUUCUUUAUUUUUACUAUUUUCUACAUUGUAGAAUAAUAGUAAAGACAACAAAACUAUGAAAUAACACAUAUGGAAUCAUGUAGUAACCAAAAUAAAUGUUUCACAGAGUUCAAGUAGCAGACAUCUCAACAUCCACUGUUCAGAGGAGACUAUGAUUCAGGCCUUCAUGGUCGUGUCAGGCCUUCCAACCGCCCUGUCUUUGUGAUACGCAGAGUAGGUGAAUGGAUGAUCUCCACAUGUGUGUUUCCCACAGUGAAGCAUGGAGGAGGAGGUGUGGGGGUGCUUUGCUUGUGACAGUCUGAUUUAUUUAGAAUUCAAGGCACACUUAACCAGCAUGGCUACCACAGCAUUCUUUAGCGAUACGCCAUCCCAUAUGGUUUGCGUUUAGUGGGACUUUUCAUUUGUUUUUCAACAGGACAAUAACCCAAAACACAACUCCAGGCUGUGCAAGGGCUAUUUGACCAAGAAGGAGAGUGAUGGAGUGUUGCAGACCUCAACCUACAUAGUAGAAAAUAGUAAACAAAUUAAGAAAAACCCUUGAAUUAGUAAGUGUGCCCAAACCUUUGACUGGUACUGUAUAUAUAACUUAGAUUUUACUCAAAAUUCCAUGACUUAUAGUCUGGUAUUGGUGGCAGAAUAGAUGGAUGCAGUCAAUGCAUGAUUAAUAUAUUUUACCAAUACGUUCUAGGCAGUGUAAAAAAUAUUGCUAUCAGGUUGUAUGAGCUGUGAUUUACAUUGUUUGCUGCUUGCAGCCAUUCGAGUGAUGAACUGUCGUAAGUUUCACUCGCUCAAUAUUUUCGACAAAGCUACCAAGAGCAGGGAUCAUAAGUCAACGUGGCUAAUAGGCUAUCUGAUCUUUUUAUGUAUUUUUGGCAAGCUAAAAACACAUUACCUUGUUGUACCUAGCUAGCUGCUGGGAGGAUUUAAUGUCAACGCUUGGAUGAGUGGGUAAGUGACAGACUUUAUAUUAUUUUAGAUAUUUUUUCUCCCCAAUUGGUAGUUAGUCUUGUUCCAUUGCUGCAACUCCCUACGGACUCAGGAGAGGCGAAGGUCGAGAGCCAUGUAUCCUCCGAAACACAACCCUGCCAAGCCACACUGCUUCUUGACACACUGCUCGCUCAACCUGGAAGCCAGCCGCACCAAAGUGUCGGAAACACCGUACAACUGCCGACCGUGUCAGCAUGCAUGCGCCCGGCUCGUAACAGGAGUCGCUGGAGCGCGAUGGGACAAGGACACCCGAUCGGCCAAACUCUUCCCUAACCUGGACGACGCUGGGCCAAUUGUGCGUCGCCAGCUGCAACACAACCCGGAUCUGUAGUGAUGCGUCAAGCACUUAGACCGCUGUGCCACGGGAGGCCCUGACAGACUGCUAAAUUGCAGUUGUCAUUUGGUUCGCUAGCUAACAAGAAAUCUGACUCACUUCUGAACCUGAAUGACUGUUAUCCACAGUUACCAUAUAUCUUAGUUGUCAAUCAAAUGUGCAGGCUAGCAAGCUGGUAAAUCCCGUUAAAUUGACAAAAACGUGGGUUAUGGGAUAGACGGCAGGCUACAACAGGGCGAGCAAGCAAGCUAUUCCCCAUCGUAUCAGUGUAACUACAGGCUGAAAAGGUUUGACUGAGUUUAUCCCUCACUAGAUUUAACUCUUCUGGUAUUUACAUAUUUAAAGCCCUGAUGCAUUAUUUUUCAUUUUAAAUCAAUGAUAUAUGUUUAAUAAAUCACUGUUUUAUUUAAUGAAAAUAUAUUUUUUAUUUACCUGAGCCUCGUUUUGCCAUUGAAAUGCUCAGUCUGAUUGUGUGGGUGUGUUGAUACAAAUGUAAAUAUAUUUACAUACACAGCCCUAAUUGACGGAUAGGAUCGUCUAGACUCUAGUCUAGAGCAGGGAUAGGCAAACUAUGGCCCGCUGGCAAGCCCAUUCAAUCCGGCCGGUGGGA